AUGAGCAGCUGUGGAGUUGAGAGCAGGAGGGAGGAGAUCUCCACCUACCUCUCCCUCCAAAUGGUUGCGCAGGGCACAGUCCAAAACAGCCUGGAGCUCUACUUCAACGAAUCAGAAGUUGAGUACAGGUGCGAGCGGUGUGGGGGUCAGGUGUCGAGCCUGAGGUGUAGUUUCUACACACUACCUCAGGUUCUCAUUUUACACCUGAAGAGGUUUUGCCCCUUCACCCUCACCAAAAGCAUGGCACCGCUUCAGCUGGAGGCAGAGCUCCAGAUCAAACAAAGGACUGAGGACAUUGCAGGAAGGUGUGGCGAGUCCCCUCAGGUUCUGGCCCCCAGUGCAGGAUCAGGCCGCUGCCCUGCAGCCACCUCUACUCUGGGGGGGGCGUCUUCCUCUGAAGGCAAGUCUCCUCUCUGCUCACAGUGGACGCUGUGUCACACACGUCACACCAAUGAACUAGCGUGUGUCCCUGUGCCUCAACUCGCAGAACCAUUGCUAACAACAAAACCAAGGUUAUGGGUCUGAUUCCUACAGAACACACAUGCUGAUUAGGGGUGUAAGAAAUCACAAUAUUAUGUUUUAUGAUAGUGUAUCGAUUCUCAAAAACACUAGCAUCUUUGCAUGUAAACUAUUAAUUUAAAAUCGAUAGUCAGAGGUGACUGAGUUGAUGCUGUAGAAGAAGCUCAUCGUUCCCUCCUUCCUUCCUUUUACCCAGCAUCCUCCAUCACUCAGGAGCUAGAGGCAGGGACAGAGAGAGAGAAGGUGGUGAGACACACAGGGAGACACUUAGGCUGAGAUCUUAGUUUGGCUCAAGUGGAAGUCAUUUAUGUGAAAAAGGUUACAUGAGUUAUUGAGGGUAGUGAAAUGAGUAAUGUGUUCAUGUGUGUUGUACUAUGAGUGUUCCACUAUGGUGGUGCUGAACGGUUGUAAUGUAAGUAUGGUAAUGUGUGUUUUGUAUAGUGAUAGUGUGUAAACAACAUGAGCCCCAUGAUGUAUAAAUGACACUUGUGAU